AUGGAGGUCCCAAUCCUCGGCAGCGAUUCACUGAAAUGGAUCGAGUUCCCUGUCCCUUCUGAUGCCGCCUCCGCCUCCGCCGAUACUUGCGCCCCUCUCACUCACGACUGCGCUUCUUCCAUCGCCAUCGGAGACCCUCCCACCUAUCUCAUAUGGAGAAUCCACAAGCAUCUCCCUCACGCUCUCGAACUACUCGAGCUCUGUGCCAACAAGGAGUUUCCAAAACUCGGUCUGCGAAUCACUUUUCCACAAGCGCUUUCUUCCUCGGUUUUCCUCUGCAAAAAUGAAAUUGAUAUCGGUUCCAGGAGCCAUCCCUAUCUGCUUUAUGCGCUCACCGUCGCCGGAGUCGCUUACCUUUUGAGGCUCGGAACCGUCUCCAAUUAUGCCUCCAGCUCUGUUAUCAGAGAGGUUAGCUUGCAUCCCCAUGGACCUAUAACGAGUGCGGCGGCGACGCCUACUGGAUGUCUUGUUGUAGGCCGCAACGACGGCUCGCUCGCUUGCUUUCAACUUACACUUGACUCCACUGCUCCUGGUUUUCUGCAAGAGCUUCGGGAUGAUCCAGGAAUCAGUAGCUUGUGGGGUUUCAUGGCAAGGGGUAGGAUAGUAGGGGCUGUGCAGGACUUGGCUAUAUCUAUGGUUCAUGGGAAACCACUUAUAUUUGUGAUUCAUACGGAUGGGGUGUUACGUGUAUGGGAUCUCUUAUUUCAUAGCAGGCUCUUUUCCCAUAAGUUGAACGGUCCGACAAUGGCAGGAGCUGCAUUAGUAAGAGUGUGGGUUGGUCAAGCUGAAAACAAUUCGAGCAUAAUUCCUUUGGCAAUCUUGUACAGUGAGAAUUUGGAAAUUAACUCAGACACCAUCUACGUAUAUAGCCUCCAUUGUAAUGUGGGAGACAGAAUUGUUUUAUUGAUGGAACCUUUAGAACAAAUUAUUCCUAUUGAGGAGGAUGGAUGGAUUGAUGUCAAACUUAUUUCCAACAAGAUAUGCAUAUUGAAAAAUAAUGGUCUGGUGCUUCAUGACUUGCUGCAUAAGAAUGUCAACACGGUUGAUGCCGUUUGUUAUGCUUUGCAAGAGGACUUUGUUGCAGAUCAACUCUUUCAAAGUUCUGAACAUUCUUCAGACAACCUUCUUUUGAUAACUCAUUCAGUAUUUUCAUCUUCAAAGGAUCAUAUUCUACCGGUUGUAUCUUCUAUUUUCUUACGUAGGCUGCUUCUUCCUGGCAUUCAUCAUAAUGCUGCUUUGCGCACAACUUUGUUGGAUUAUAAUAGGCACUGGACCGAGUCAGAUUUCCACUCCUUAACUGCUGAUGGGUUGAAAAAAGAAAUCCUUUCCCUGAUUGAAGAUGAGGGUCUGACUGGUAAUCCAUCGUCAAUAUUUUGCUGCUGGAAAAAUUUUUGUGCUUGCUAUUUCCAAAACUGGUGCAAGAGCAAUGCACCAUGUGGCUUGCUUGUUGAUUCCUCAACCGGCACUGUUGGUUUAAUUAGAAAGAGUUCAGUAUCUCUUUUUCGUUCUUUGGAGGAUAUUGAGCGGGUUAAUGAUGGCUCUUUGGAUGAGCUUGGCAAUUCUCCAAGCUUUGGGUUGGAUUCAUUUGGUGAGGCUCUUGAUUGUGAGAUACUUGCUGAAAUGCUGAGAUGUGUCAUUAACGUUAGCCAGCAAUUGGGAAAAACAGCUUCUGCUAUAUAUUAUGAAUCACUCAUUAGAACACCACCAGUUAUCUCACCUGAAGAAAUUGUUCCACGUCUAUUGAAGGUAUUAGAAACUGGAAUUAGUUCAACAGCAGCAAUGCUUCAUAUAUCGGAUCUUGGAACUGAUGUUGCCUGGGAGAAAAAUCUAGCAGAUCACAAAAAUUUGAGGAAAUUUUCUAUCGACAUGAUGUUGUCUCUUCAUGCUUUGCUCGAGAAAUUUGGCACAUGGAGCCGUAUUUUGAGUGUGAUUGAGAACUAUCUAAAGUAUCUCGUACCUCGGAAAAUUACACAAAACUAUGAUGCUGAAGUAGCAUUGGAUAUCAAUGCCUCCAUCUUGGUCCAGGCUACAUCUCAAGUUGCAAAGGUUAUGUUUGAGUCUGCACUGGAUAUUCAUCUGUUUCUAAGCUAUCUAGUGAGCAUAAGUGGGCAGAUCAAUAUGCUGCUUGAUGAUAUAUCCAAAAUACAACUCAUGUUGGUUCCCAUGAUUCAAGAAAUCAUUUAUGAGUGGCUUCUCUUACAUUUCUUUGCCACCACACCUUCUGAAUCAGCUUCAAUUGAAGAUUUCAGCUCUCAACUUUCAUUGUUACAAAUUGGUAGCAACACAGGCAGAAGAUCAUGGAAUGAGAAGCUUGGGAAGUGUGACUUCACUCUGGCUUUUAUAUUCUUACUCAAUGUUAGAAGUUCUGACAAAGACCAGAGCCCCUUUUCUCCAAGAAGCAUACCAAAUGUUCAGGACAUAAUUGAUUCAAUACGAGAAUUUGCUAGCUGGACCAUGUGGGGCCAGAAUGGGGAACCUCUUACUCCCCUGAGGCGUGCAGCGGAUCUUGCAUUGAUUCUGCUUAGGCACAAGCAGUAUGAUGCUGUUGAGCGCCUACUCACUAUUGUGGAGGCACAUUUACAAAAGGAGAAGACUUCUCACGGUAUUCAAGCUACAGAUGGCGAAUGGUGCAUACUUCAUCAUCUUUUAGGAUGCUGCUUCCUUGCUCAGGCACAUCGUGGAUUAAACGGGGUCCUGAAAGAGAAGAAAGUUCAUGAAGCUGUUCUUUGUUUCUUCAGAGCUGCAUCUGGAAAAGAAGCAGCUCAGGCUUUACAAAGCUUGCCUCAGGAAGUGGGGUUGCCACAUCUUGGUAUCGAUGGUAGCGUAUCAGAUGCUGCAUGGAGGCUGCAUUACUAUCAGUGGGCAAUGCAGAUAUUUGAGCAAUAUAGUAUUAGUGAUGGUGCAUGUCAGUUUGCCCUUGCUGCACUUGAGCAAGUUGAGGAGGCUGACAGUGCAAACAAUGAGUCUCACGGCAGAGCUCCACAUAAUGAAUCAGUAUCUACCAUUAAAGGAAGACUUUGGGCACAUGUUUGCAAGUUUACUUUAGAUCUGAAUCUGUUUUAUGAUGCAUAUUGUGCAAUAAUUUCAAAUCCAGAUGAGGAGAGCAAGUACAUCUGGUUGAGGCGUCUUAUAAUCGUUCUUUAUGAACGUCGUGCCAUAAAGAUUCUUUGUGGUGGUCAGCUACCGUUCAUUGGUCUUACAGAGAAGGUAGAACAAGAGCUUUCUUGGAAGGCAGAGCGGUCAGAUAUUUUAGCAAAGCCAAACUUAUAUAAGUUGCUUUAUGCAUUUGAAAUGCAUCAGCAUAACUGGCGAAAAGCAGCAAGCUACAUGUACCUUUAUUCUGCCCGUUUGAGAACUGAAACAUCUCUCAAAGGUUACAAGCAAUUGUGGCGAGCACUGAAAGAAAUCCAGAAUGGGCUCUCUGCUGCUAUCAACGCACUUUAUCUUGUUCUUCCUGCAUAUGCUUGGAUUGAUCCUUUGCUUGAGAGAAAUGCUCUUCACAACGAGCAGUAUCCGAGUAAAAAGGCUAGAAUAACAAUUGAAGACCAGUCAGCAAGCAAUGAUGUUGAUCCCCAAAGUUGGAAAUCUUAUAUAGAUAUUCAGAAAAUUGAGAAUGAGUAUGUGCUAACUUCAGCAGAAUAUCUGCUGUCAUUGGCACAUGUCAAAUGGACAAAUACAGGAACCCAGAAAGCACAAUUAGAGUUGGUUGAUCUCUUGAUCGAGACAAAUCUAUAUGAUAUGGCAUUUACAGUUCUCUUAAGAUUCUUCAAAGGUUCAGAAUUAAAGAGGGGAUUGGAAAGAGUUUUCUCUGCUAUGUCACUAAAAUGCUUUCCACAUAUAGUUGAUUCUUCAAGGGUUGGGGAUGAUCCCACAACACAGGGUCUUCUGUUGACUUCUUCAAAGGAUGAAGUGAUUGUUCAUGGUUCACCUGAAGUACAUUCAUCAAAUCAACAACCCAACGGAAUUAGUCAAUGGGGAACUCUCGAGCUUUAUCUUAUAUCUUUUUCCUUUAUCAAAUUAGUCAAAGAAAUAUUUUUUAAUGAAAUCGGGACAAUGUAUGGAUAUUCCACAUUACAGGCCACAAUGUGUUUUGUUCAUUCUUCAUGUUUUCAAUGUUCUCUCUCUUUGCCUAUAUGUAAUUUUCUUCGUAUUUUUAAAUUGUUUUACAUUCACAAUAUACAGGACCGAUAUAAAGUGUUCCAUGCCCGUCUACCAUUUGUUGUUGCCGAAACUCUUCUUCGUACAGAUUCUCAAAUCGAACUGCCCCUUUGGUUGGUUAAAUUAUUCAAGGAUGGCAGGAGGGAAAGGACAUUGGGGAUGACUGGCCAAGAAUCAAAUCCGGCGUUAUUGUUUCAACUUUAUGUUAAUUAUGGCCGAUAUAGAGAAGCUACGAAUCUGUUGCUUGAGUACAUAGGGUCUGUUGCAUCCAUGAGACGGGUCAACAUCAUGAAUCGUAAAAGACCAUUUGGAGUCUGGUUUCCAUAUACAACAAUUCAGCGCCUCUGGUGCCAACUUGAGGAAAUGAUAAAUUCAGGUCACAUGGUGGAUCAAUGUAAGCACCUCAAAGAUUUGCUACACGGAGCUUUGCUGAAACAUCUCCAACUGGUAAAGGUGGACUCGGAAGAUGCACUUAGUUGAGUUAUUUCAGAAAAUAAGAUGGAAACACUUUCAAUGCCAAUCUUGAAGAUUCGCAUCAUCUGCUGUAAAGAUAUGCAGCAGAUACAACCUGGCAAGACUAUAACAAGGCAGUAGUGGGUCUCCUCCUUACAAAUUACGAACUGCCUGACGCCUAGUACUCAUCAGAGUGAGUAACUGAAGGGAGCCUACCUCGCUACGGCUGAGAAGAACUGAUAACAGAUUGGCUUUUACUGUUUCAGCAAAUUGUUAGCUAUUGAAUUCUCACAAGAAAAUCGGAAAAGAUGGUGUUGAUAACCAAGAUGAGCUUUUUUUAUUAGACGGCAGGAAACCCACCUUUCUGAGUUUUUUGUUGGUGAUAGAAAACUCAGAUUGGUCACUAUGGAAAGUGAUUGACAUCUCCUAUCUGCGUGUAUUAACUACAGAUGGGGAAAAUAUAUAACAUCAUGAUAUUAUACUGGAGCUUGCUAUUUGCUAGAAGUUAAGCUUAUACUGGUAACAAGCACUUUCUAUGUAGAAUGAAAGUUGAUACAAAUCCGUUGAUCAAUCUACGAAGUACAAACCCGCAACCAGUGCUUGGUUUUCUUUUUAAAAGAUUUUGUUUGUUUUGUUUUAUUAUUAAUGUAUGAUGUCUAUUUUUCGGGGAGUUUUAGCCGCGAUCAGCGAAGGACCGAAAUGAAUGGUGACAAUUUCGUUAUCAAGGUUUGCUGUAGUUUCUGAUGUUGAAACGGUUUUGUUUAACGUGUAUUGAAUGGAAAUUAAUAUAAGGUAUAGAAUUAUGA